GUUGGCUGUUGAGUUUCUUCUAACCUCUGUAUCCUUGCCGUGUGCUGACAUUUCAGGCGACCCCAUUUGAAUUCCAGGAGACCCCGCAUGGGGUCCCGACCCCAGUGUUGAAAAAACAAAGGAAUAGCUGGGAAGAUGUGGAGGGUGAUCGUACUUUUAGUCGGUCGUGUAAUCCAAACUUCUUCAGAUAUCUUCACCCUGCAGCAAUACUACACCGCCAUGUCUGGAAUCCAAGGCGUUCCUGAAUAUGUGGAGACUGAUGUGUUCGACGGUAGAGAAAUUUGCUACUACGACAGCAACAACAGGAGGAAAGUUCCCAGGAUGGAGUGCAUGGCCACUCUGGACCCACAGUACUGGAACACUAGCACCAAAGAGUCACAAAGAAGCCAGCAGGAGUUUGAGAGGAUAUUUGCAUUGGAGAGGUAUAAAAGAAACGAAACUGGCGGUUUGCAUACUCUCCAAAUGACGUGUGGAUGCCAAUACGAUAGCAAAACUGGAAAGCCUCAAUAUUUUGGACCAAAAAAAGCAUAUGAUGGAGAGAAGCUGACUGCAGGACCGCUUGAAUUUACAUAUGAUUGCAUUAAGAUACUAAAAAUGUACAUUCUGAAUGUAUCAGGAUGCGUGGAUAAGACAGUUCCCCCAGAUGUUUCAGUCUUCCUCAGUGGUUUUCCCCCCUCUACAAUCAUGUGCCAUGCUACAGGCUUCUACCCGGAAGUGAACAUCACCUGGUAUAGAGAAGGCAAGCAGGUACAUGGAUCUGUAUCUGAUCUGCUGCCUAAUGGGGAUGGAACCUUCCAGAAGAAAUCUGUGAUCAACAUCUCAGCUGACACGUGGAGGGCUGUGCACCUGUACACCCAGUACACUUGUAAGGUGGAACAUGGAACUGAAUUCUUCAAGAUCACCGAAUAUGUCUACAGCUGUAAGAUCUCUGAUAUAGAACUGGGUCUUUUUAUCCACACCCUAAGGUUCUCCAACCGCUCUGGGUCUGAGGGCAACUGA